AUGUCAACCAAAUUUUGUCUGAUAAUAAUAGCACUUGAUGUCCAGCGCUCUUUCGCCAUUCCUACCUCCAAUAUUACUUCGACCCAGCAAACUUCCAAUAACUUCUUAGAAAUUCCCACACAAGGCUGGAACGCAUCACCUUCCGGUCGAGGAUCGAUUGAUAUCCUAUGGAGUUGUUUGGUCACGAUUUCCCUAUGUUCCUGGUCUGUUCUCUGCCUCCAAGUACCAGGACCUAAGGACUCGCGCUUGACAAUACUCUGGCGCAGACUUUGGCUUACCGCACUCUGUGGCGUCGGUCCUGAGUUUACAUUUCAAAUUGCACUGGGACAACUGCUAUCCGCUCGAAGAUCCGUUCGAGAUUUCCAUAACUCCGAUUAUCCUGAUUGGACGAUGAAACAUGCAUUUUAUGCAGACUCUGGCGGGUUUCUCUUGCAUACCCCCGAUUUCAAAACCAUCCCAAUCGAUGCGAAGCAGCUUCUUUAUUUGAUCAAUCAUAACUAUGUCGAACAUCCCAAUAUCAAAGUGGAGGAUAUAAAAGACAAAAACAAGGUGGAUGACCUCCUUCGUCUAAUCUCAAUUGGCCAAAUUAUAUGGUUCAACGCAACGGUCAUUGCCCGCGCCGCACAAGGCUUGGAAAUAACGGGAAUUGAGCUCACAACAGCUGCGUUCAUUAUCUGUAGUCUUGGUACGACUUAUUGCUGGUGGAACAAAGGAGCGGACGUUGCAGCGCCCAUUACGUUAAGUACCAAAACCACAAUGGUUGAUAUUUUACAAGGUGCAGAGGACGCACCACCAGGAGGAAUGCACCAACAAACUCCUCUUGAUUUUAUCAGUCGUCAUGAAUGGUAUUGGUCUCGGUACUGGAAGCACUGGAUCAAUAUUCUCCGAAAUAUGCGAAUUGUCUUUGCGUCGAAAACUCUCCCGUUUGACCGACUCGAAAACACAGAUUGGAGAGAGUUAAAACGCGGUGGCCAAGCGGCUUUCUAUCUUAUGAGUUUGGCCUACGCAUCCAUCUUUAUCGCCGCCUGGAACAAUCACUUCCCUACAAAUGCAGAGAAGAUCAUAUGGAGAACAUCGAGUCUGUUGAUGGCGGCAACAGUUCCUCUCUUCUUCUGCAUUACCGCCUUUGCUUAUGAAAUCUACCCCGCUCUUGUGCGAUAUUUUCAUUCAGCCCCAGUGCCAGAUAUCGAAACCCAAAGUUGCGAUACAUCAUCUCAAGCAUCGUCCAAGAACGAUUCAGACGCAUCGAACAUUGAUACGGCAGAGCAAAUGUCAUCACAGCCAUCAUCCCAGAACGAGGAUUCAGCAUCCUCCAACCAACACCCAACUUUUGUCCCAUCAAAAUAUCGCUCUCGACUCUCCCGCAUAGCAGCCAGUCUUCGAAACAAUUCACUUUCCAAGGAUCCAUCCCUUGAUAUUCCCCUAAAGGCAACUUUACCCAUGUAUCUAGUGGGAUUUCUAUAUUGUAGCUCGCGUAUGUUGAUUCUUACCCUCGACGUAACACAAUUGCGUUCUUUGCCUGCGACCGCAUUCGAUACUGUGGAUUGGGGGGGUUUUCUACCUCAUUUUUCUUGA